AAGGAAGAAAUAUUCCUCUACCUAAGAUGGAAUCUGUUGUUUGGGAAUGUGGUUAAUCAACUUGAUAUGUUGGCCAAAUGUGCCCUAUGUAAUAAAAUGAAAAGAAGAGACAAGAUGAUGUCAUUUUCCCACGUUGUGAAACCAAAAACAAAUGCCUUUUGUGAGACCAAGCUAACAAAGCUCUGAUGGUGCGAAGAGUAUUUAACUGUUUGAAGAACUCAACAGUAAAAUAUAUAAGAAGUACUUUCAAGCUGAGACCUGAAGGUGUAUAAAAAUCUAAAAUACUGUGUAGGCCUGAUUAUUUGAAUCUCAUUCAAAUCCUGAAAGGAUGGCUAUGAGUUGGAUUGUCUUUUAUCUUUGGCCCUUGACUAUGUUUGUGGGACACACAGGUGGACACAGUUUGUUUUCUUGUGAACCUAUUACCUUGAGAAUGUGCCAAGAUUUGCCUUAUAAUACUACCUUCAUGCCUAAUCUUCUGAAUCAUUAUGACCAACAGACAGCAGCUUUAGCAAUGGAGCCAUUCCACCCUAUGGUGAAUCUGGAUUGCUCUCGGGAUUUCCGGCCAUUUCUUUGUGCACUCUAUGCUCCUAUUUGUAUGGAAUAUGGACGUGUCACACUUCCCUGUCGUAGGCUAUGCCAGCGUGCCUACAGCGAGUGUUCGAAGCUCAUGGAAAUGUUUGGUGUUCCUUGGCCUGAAGAUAUGGAAUGUAGUAGGUUUCCAGAUUGUGAUGAGCCAUAUCCUCGACUUGUGGAUUUGAAUUUAGCUGGAGAUCCUACGGAAGGACCCCCAGUGGCAGUGCAGAGGGACUAUGGUUUUUGGUGUCCCCGAGAGUUGAAAAUUGAUCCUGACCUUGGUUAUUCUUUUUUGCACGUACGUGAUUGUUCACCUCCUUGUCCAAAUAUGUACUUCAGGAGAGAAGAGCUUUCAUUUGCUCGAUAUUUCAUAGGAUUGAUUUCAAUCAUUUGCCUUUCUGCCACAUUGUUUACUUUUUUAACCUUUUUGAUUGAUGUUACAAGAUUCCGCUAUCCUGAAAGACCUAUUAUAUUUUAUGCAGUCUGCUACAUGAUGGUAUCAUUAAUUUUCUUCAUUGGGUUUUUGCUUGAGGACCGAGUAGCCUGCAAUGCAUCUAGCCCUGCACAGUAUAAAGCUUCCACAGUGACACAAGGAUCUCAUAAUAAAGCCUGUACCAUGCUUUUUAUGGUACUUUAUUUCUUUACUAUGGCUGGCAGCGUUUGGUGGGUAAUUCUUACCAUCACGUGGUUCUUGGCAGCUGUGCCAAAAUGGGGCAGUGAAGCCAUUGAGAAGAAGGCAUUGCUGUUUCACGCCAGCGCAUGGGGCAUUCCUGGAACUCUAACUAUCAUCCUUUUAGCGAUGAAUAAAAUUGAAGGUGACAAUAUUAGUGGCGUGUGUUUUGUUGGCCUCUACGAUGUCGAUGCAUUGAGAUAUUUUGUUCUUGCUCCCCUCUGCCUAUAUGUGGUAGUUGGGGUUUCUCUCCUCUUAGCUGGAAUUAUAUCCCUAAACAGAGUUCGAAUUGAGAUUCCAUUAGAAAAAGAAAACCAAGAUAAAUUGGUGAAGUUUAUGAUCCGGAUUGGUGUUUUCAGCAUUCUUUAUCUUGUACCACUCUUGGUUGUAAUUGGAUGCUACUUCUAUGAGCAAGCUUACCGUGGCAUCUGGGAAACAACGUGGAUACAAGAACGCUGCAGAGAAUAUCACAUUCCAUGUCCAUAUCAGGUUACUCAAAUGAGUCAUCCUGAUCUAAUUCUCUUUCUGAUGAAAUACCUGAUGGCACUCAUAGUUGGUAUUCCCUCCAUUUUUUGGGUUGGAAGCAAAAAAACAUGCUUUGAAUGGGCCAGUUUUUUUCAUGGUCGUCGGAAAAAAGAGAUAGUGAAUGAGAGCCGACAGGUGCUCCAGGAGCCUGAUUUUGCUCAGUCCCUCCUGAGGGAUCCAAAUACUCCUAUUAUAAGAAAAUCAAGAGGAACAUCCACUCAAGGAACAUCCACACAUGCUUCUUCAACUCAGCUGGCCAUGGUGGAUGAUCAGAGGAGCAAAGCAGGGAGUGUCCACAGCAAAGUGAGCAGCUACCAUGGCAGCCUCCACAGAUCACGUGAUGGCAGGUACACUCCCUGCAGUUACCGAGGAAUGGAGGAAAGACUACCUCAUGGCAGCAUGUCACGACUAACGGAUCACUCCAGGCACAGUAGUUCGCAUCGGCUCAAUGAACAGUCACGACAUAGCAGCAUCAGAGAUCUCAGUAAUAAUCCCAUGACUCACAUCACACAUGGCACCAGCAUGAAUCGUGUUAUUGAAGAAGAUGGAACCAGCGCUUAAUUUGUCCUACCGAAGGUGGAAAACUUGUACUUUUUAAAAAGUAGAUUUCAUUCUUUGCCUUUGCAUGACUGAUUGCUAUGACUCAGUGUUACCAUACUUUCAGUCAUGUGCAGAUUAUGUCCAUUGGAAAGUAAAUUUUUGCUUUUUAUAUUGCAUCAAACUUGGGACGUCAAGGCAUCCAACAUAUUAACAAUUAUAUCAUCACAAAAAUAAUUCUUUCUAGGUUAUAAAGAGGUAAUUAUUUGUCUGGUAAGCAUUUUUAUAAACCUAGUUAUUUUAUAUUUAGAAAAGUCUUAAAUGUGUGGUGACUAACUUUGUAGGAAACUUUCAUAUAAUAUGAACUAGUGGUGAGAUGACAUUCUGGUAGUUCUGUUAAUAAAACAAAAUUUCAGAAUUAAAGAAAUUUUCUAUGCAAGGUUUGUUUCUCAGAUGAAUAAUAGGACUUUGUAGUUCUUCUUUCCACUAAGUGAAAAAGAACUGUAUUUUUAAACUGUAGGAGAAUUUGAUAAAUCAGCAGGGGUAUUUUAGUUAAUAGAAUAUAAGUACAACAGAAGAAUCCAAUUAGUCUAUUGAAGGCCAUUACAAAUUUCUAUCAAGAUAAUCUUCAUCCAGAGAUAUUCAGGAUUAGGAUUAACAAAGAAAUAAAAGUGGAGAUGGACAUUUUGCCCUAUAAUUUUGCUGUUUUUAUUACUUUUUGUAAAUACUACUUUUAUUGGCUGUAAUUUUAUAACUUAUCCAUAUGCAUGGUGGAAAAUUUUUAAUUUGUAGUCAUCUUCUCCCAUGUAAUACUAUUGAUUCAUAGAGAACUUCUUGUUCAGAUCUGUUUCAUGGAGGCAUGUAAAAAGAUAAGCAUCACACAUUAUAAAGUUUUUCGUGGUGAUCAUAAUGACAAAAUAUAUUCCCUGUAUUCAUUGUUGUAUUUUUCUACAGUGAGAUGUGAUCUUGCCAUAGCCACCAGACCUUGGCAUCCAGGCCCCUCCUAUCAGUGAGUUGAUUGUCUGCACUUGCAUUGCCCUAAUAGGCUACUGCUUUUUGCUCCACAACCUUAUUUUCAGAUUCUGGAUCAGUCUUGUUUACAGCUGAAAUACAUAUAACCUAAAUUCAAAGUGGUGAUUAAUGUGGGGUAUUUGAAAAUCAUGUAGCUAAAUGAAGCAUGAUUAGUCUUGCUGUGAAGUAUCUCUUAUCCUAAAAAUAUCAAUUCAGAAAUGCUUGACAGUUUGUCUUGUAUGUUUAAAUUAUUUAUAAUAUAAACUGUGAACUUUUGUUAGGCAUGUAAUUGGUCAGAAGGAAAAGAAAAAUUCUAGAUGUGUUAUGCAGAAGAUCGUAUUUAACUAAAUGGUUCUCAACUGUGUAGAUAAGAAUAACUCGGGGAACUUCUGAUGCCCAUUACCUUCCUCUCAUUCAAAU